AUGUUCAUUGACAUGGCACAGCUGAUCCUCGCGAAUGGAAUGCUUUGGGAGCUCGACUACCACGAAGAAAGCAGCUCCGAGGAAAGCGACGAAGAGCGCUGUGCUAUUAUGUGA